CAACUCCCUUCACAACAGCUCUGCUCCGUGAAGCAAGAAGUAUGAAUGCCCUGACUUCUGUGGAGGCUGCAUCGCUGUAAAUGCUGUGUGGCCACUUCAGACGCCAGAUUUGUACUUACUUGUUACCCAGAAAUUAUUUGAUAUUAAGAUAAACACAGUUGCAUUGAACCUUUACGCAUAAUAAACACUGAACAAAUAGUUUCUAUCUUGGUUUACAUCAUAUCGCUCAACAUCAGUGGACAGUCACCAUGUGGAUCUCUGUGUGUCUGAUCAGCUCUUUCCUUCAUAUCACUGCAGGCUGCACUCUGUCAGUCACUAACUAUAAUGAGAUCACUGUCUACUCAGGCCAGUAUGUUCUCCUGCCCUGCUCCUGUAGUAACACCCAGGCUAAACCUCCCAGCUUCACAUGGACUAAACUCAGAGGUCAACAGACACCUGACAUAAUAUCAUCCCAGAGUGAUCUCUACAGAGGCAGAGUGGAGCUGUUUAAUAACACCUCUCCUGGGAACCUCUCUGUCCUCCUCUCACACGUCACUGAGGACGAUGUUGGGUGGUACAGGUGUGGAAUCAGCCAUGGAAAAUACAGAGACAUCAAACUCACUGUUAAAGGCUGCACUCUGUCAGAACCUCGAUCAAGGGUGGUCAAUGGAUCCCCAGGCCAGUCUGUUCUCCUGCCCUGCUCCUGUAGUAACACCCAGGCUAAACCUCCCAGCUUCACAUGGACUAAACUCAGAGGUCAACAGACACCUGACAUAAUAUCAACCCAGAGUGAUCUCUACAGAGGCAGAGUGGAGCUGUUUAAUAACACCUCUCCUGGGAACCUCUCUGUCCUCCUCUCACACGUCACUGAGGACGAUCAGGGGUGGUACAGGUGUGGAAUCAGUGAGACUCAAACGACAGACAUCAAAAUUUAUAUUCAAAGGAAAUACCAACCCCUCACAACCACUACCACCAAACUCCCACCAUUAACUCAACCAAAUGGACUAGACAGCACAAAAUUCCUAAUACCAACAACGCCACCUAAAGGGGCAGACACGGUGGGGACUUCAGGAGAAGAUCCAUCUGCUUCCCCUCAACAAAACAAUCCAAUCCAAUACAUCUUACUGGCUGUUCUACCAGUCAUACUGAUCAUCGCUGGAGUGGCUUUGUACUUAUUCAAGAGAAACAAAGGAAAGAAAAACACAGGGGAGAAAAGCAGUGGGAGCAAAACAGAAGGAAAGAAAAAGGAUGAUUCCUCUGCAAUGUGUUCAACGAUUGCAGACAGAAACACUGGUUUAGGCGACAAGACAAUAAUACUGCUCAGUGCACCAGAUGAUCCCUCUGUAAUGUAUGAUACGGUUCAAGAACCCAGAAACAACAACCAAGAGGAGACAACAACACCCCUCAGUGCUCCAGAGGACACCUCAGUCACAUACUCCACCAUCGUCCACAUGAAAGGAAAAGGGAACGCAGCAGUGAGUCUGGAGAGCGGUGGAGAAACAGAGUACUCCACUAUCAAGACAGGCAGGUUCUUCUAGAGCCACUGUACAAUAGGCCUACAGCCAUCUCACAGCCUUUUCCUGCAGAGAGAUCUCAUAUUGGGUCCAGUAUCAUGAGGUUUGAUCUGGCACACAUGACUAUAAAUAUAUUUAACUCUCUACUAAGACAUGUUUAGUGGUUAUCACAGGAAAUCAGAUGUUAACCUACAACCAAAAUAAUAAAGUCCCCGAGAUAUCGGCAAGAUGAUGGUGAAGCAAUAAGAUACCAUUUAGUUUUUGUGUAGCUGAGACCAAAGCACCUUAUAUGGCUUAAAGUUCAGCUAGUUCUCUUUUUAUAUCGUUGUUGUGCAUUUAUUUUUAAACAUGUGAACUUUUUGAAAUAGAGACAGAUGAUUUCAGACAUGUUUGAGAAAGAGGAAAAUGUGGUUUGAUGUGUCAAAGCAAAAAAACACAGAUUUCACAAUCAGUUUUGCAAGAGGUUGCUUGGGUGGCUAUUAUUAAAACGGAUAUCAUCCAUCUUAAUGUUGUAAGGGGUGCGUGACUGGCUGCAGGGAAGUCAGGCGCAGGAGAGCAGAACUGGGUAAAAACCGGAGCAGUUUAAUAUGAAACAAAAACAACGGCACCCAGAACAACAAAAUAUGGGUACAAAAUAACCCUUUGCAAACCAGUCAGAGUGCACAAACACUUUACAAUAAACAAUUUCACACACAUACAUGGGGGGAACAGAGGGUUAUAUACACGACAAGUAAUGAGAGAAAGUAAACCAGGUGUGUGGGAAAACAAGACAAAACAAAUGGAAAAUGAAAGGUGGAUCGGCGAUGGCUAGAAGACCGAUGAUGUCGACCGCCGAACGAACAAGGUGAGGAUCCGACUUUGGCGGAAGUCGUGACAAAUGUAUAUACUGCACUUCUUAUUUUUCUGCCAAGAAGCUGGUACACGCUGAGCAUUUCAUCAUUCUCGAAGUUGACCAAAAAAAAUGUAAAGGAUACAAAUGUUUUUAAUGUCAGAAUUUGUCACAGGCAACAAUCUUUGUGAAAACAACCUCAAACUUUUGUCAAAACCUGUUAGUUAGCUACAGUACUUCCUCUUUCGUGUAAUGGGCAUAUCACACAUUGUGGUCUUCCUGAACAGGGAAAGCAGUCUAACAAUGUCAUCAACUGAAGCAUACACUUUGAAGUGCACAACUAACAGGGAAUUACAUGUUUUAUUUAGUGUGUCAUUUUCUUUUUCAUUUGACAAAGUCUGAUUCUCCAAUCAUGACUGUAAAUACACUGAACAAAAAUAUAUACGCAACAUGUAAAGUGUUGGUCCUACAGUAUCUUUCAUGAGCUGAAAUAAAAGAUCACAGAAAUGUUCCAUACGCACAAAAAUCAUAUUUCUCUCCCAGGCCCACCCAUGGCUGUACCCCUGCCCAGUCAUGUGAAAUCCAUAGAUUAGGUCCUAAUUUAUUUAUUUAAAUUGACUGAUUUCCUUAUAUGAACUGUAACUCAGUAAAAUGUUUGAAAUUGUUGCAUGUUGCGUUUAUAUUUUUGCUCAGCGUACAUAUGAGGACACCGAGAUCCGGACCUCUGUAAUUUUAUCUAAGUUGACAAAUAAAUGAAUAACGCAAAUGUAUAUUUUGUACACAAUAAAGAAAAUAAAUGAUGGGCCAACAUGUAAA